AUGUCUUCCCUCCCCCCCGCGCAUGCCGUUCUCGAUCGACUCAUUCAAGACCAGGAAACCCCUUUUGCUGAGAAGCCAGACCCCUGCUAUCAUAAUCCUAAAGGAAGAAUCAUAGUAAUAAGUGCAGACGGCACUUCGAAUAAAUUCGGCAACAAGAGUACAAAUGUUGUCGAGUUCCACAGCCGUGUUGUUAAAGACGAGGACCAGAUCACGUUGUAUCUCGGCGGCAUCGGAACAUACGCUGAUAACAAACUACAAGCCCUCCUUGAUAUGGCCGUCGCAACCACCUUCGAUAGGAAUGUUUUCAAAGCAUACGAGUGGCUGUCGGAGAAUUAUAAAGAGGGAGAUCGUAUAUAUUUGUUUGGUAUGGUUAUAGAUUAUAUAACUAGCCUUACUGAUAUUUCGCUCCAGGGUUUUCACGGGGAGCAUAUCAAGUCCGAGUGCUUGCUGGAAUGA